AUGUAUUUCAAAUUAAGAGCAAAAAUAUUGGUGUGUUGUAUAUGUUUAGCUAGUGAAAUCUUUGCUUUGGAGAUUGAUGAUUAUAAAUACAAACGAGUCAAAGAACUGAACGAUAAAAUAGCAUUGGAUCCAGAACUAUUUCUUUACCGCACAUUGUCUGCCAUCCAUUGUAUUUCAAAAUGUGCUUUAAUUCCAAACUGUGAGUCGGUGUUCUACUUUCAAUCAUCUUGCAAAGGUUAUUCUGUCGUUUAUUCGCCGAGUUCUUCAAGUUUGACUCUAAUAUCCGGAGCUCGCUAUUAUGUUAACACAGAAGAGCCAACUGAAGAGACAAUAACCGAAAGAAACGCUGAUGUCUUCACAACUAGAAAUGCCAUGUUGGAUAUGUGCACAGCCCUAAUUCCUGAUGGUUACAUUUGGAGUGUGUCACUUGAAAUUUGCUAUCAUCUAAAUACCAUAAAGCUUAUUGCUGUGGAAGCCAAGGCAAAAUGUCAGGCAGAGCAUCCAAACAGUCGUCUUUUGUUGAUAGACUCAGAUGUAAUUUACAAUUUUGCAGUUUCAAUAAUUGAUACCUUCAACACUGGACCGAUAUAUCUACAAGGAACUAAGUCAGGCUCCAACUUUGUCGACGAUGAUGGACAGGUUAUUACUUACUUUAACUGGGAUUCAGGACAACCUGGCAAUGGGAACUACCUUCGGACCGACACCGAUACACGUUUACAAGAGACAUCUUCUGGAACAUACACUUACAAAUUUAUAUGUCGAUUGUAUUGAACAGUCAAAAUUGCAGUGUUGUCGCCAAGGCACAGAUGCUUGUAAAUACAAACGCGUCCUACCCAGUCGUCUCGCGUUAAACCAUCGAGAGGGUUUUUUUUUAAUUAGAAAUAUUUUAGAGUCUGAUAAACAUUAAUUGUCUGCAGACUUUUCCGUUUUUUCCCGUUUACGACAAAGAGCACACGGCAGGUGGGACAGGUCAGCAGAGAGUGCCCACUCCUCCUAGGCACCUCUAUC